UUGUUGCAAGAGAAGUUAUCUCCAUCGCGUUUCUCUAGCCUAGUAACUCUUCCCAUUCUCUGCGUGACAAUCCUCCAUGAUCCCAAUCAGUCCUUGCAUGCUCUCGUCGAUAGUCGAAGAAACGAUUGUUAUCCCCAGCAUGCUGUAAAGGAGAAUUGCAUUUUCAAUAAACUUAUCAAGGGAGGAAAUGUAAGGAACCAGGUCUGCCGGAAGAUCGAAAUUCAUGCUGUCCUGAGAUUGGGUCCACCCCUGGAGCGCGUCGGCAUAUCAUCGUUUCAAAACUAUCAUUGCGUUGAUGGCUUUCCCCGCAAUUCUGAGCACAUAGAACCGAGCCGAGCCCUUCGUGACCUUUUGUCGGAACUGAAUAAGUCCGAAUAUUGCCCCAAAUACUGA